GAUUGUUAGUCAGCUGUUGGUGUUGUUUGCAUCAAUUAUUGCUUGUUUCUUAUAUUUCGUGGUUUUUUGAUAAAAAUGCAUACGUUGCGUUUACUAAGGGCUGCACAUAAUGAAAGUGUGUGGUUGAGGCGUCAAAAAAGAUACAAUUACCGGCAAACAAUGGAAAGUGUGGAAGAUAUGCCUGAGUUACUGUUUGUUGAACAUUUUCGUUUGAAUAAGAGCACCUUUCGGCGGCUUUGCAACGAUUUGCGUGUUCAUACGUCGCUAAGAGGAUCUAAAGAAAUCCCUUUGAAAAUUAAGGUGCUCACUGCUCUUAAUUUUUUACUAGCUACUGGUUCCUAUAAAAGGAUCGUGGGUGUUAGUCAAAAUUUAACACAAAGAACAACGAGCCGGUGUGUCCGGCAAGUCGUUGAUGCGCUCAACCACCCCACACUCAUGAGCAAGUUGAUUCAAUUUCCACAAACGGUACAAGAAAGAUCGUUAAUCAAAGAAGAAUUUCAAAGGAAGUAUAAUUUGCCUGGAGUGAUAGGAUGCAGCGACUGCACCCACAUUGCUAUAGUAAAACCCGCUGAAGAAGAGCAUGCUUUCUAUAACAGAAAAGGAUAUCAUUCCUUAAACGUUCAAAUGGUAUGUGAUCAUAAUUUAAAAAUAAUGAACAUAAAUGCUAAGUUUGGUGGAGCAACACAUGAUUCCCACAUAUGAUCAUCGAGUCUCAUAGAACCCUAUAUGCGUCACCUUCAUGAAAGUGGUGAACAUGUUUGGUUACUUGGUAAGUAAGAUAUUAUAAGAGAUAAGAGUAAGAUAUUUAUAAGAGACUUAUAUAUAUAUAUACCAUUAAAUAUAUACAAGUAGUAUAACAUAGGUAAGUAUGCUUUAAAUCUUUUCUCAUUCAUAACUUCUUGCUUUCAGAGGAUUCUGGUUAUCCACAACGCCCUUGGCUUAUGACUCCAAUAUUAAAUGCUCCACAUGGGUCUCGAGAGGAAUUGUACACCACUCGUCAUGUACAAGCCAGGACAUGUAUUGAGCGCUGCUUCGGAUUACUUAAAACACGUUGGAGGUGUUUGCUUCGUGACAGGGUCCUUCAUUAUCAUCCCAACGUUGCCAGCAAAAUAACACUUGCAUGUUGUGUGCUACACAACAUCUCGCUUCAUGCACACUUGCCAGCUCCAAGUGAUAUCCCUGUUACUACUGUAGAUGAUAAUGAUGACUCCAGUACACAAACCACCCAAAGCACCACCACGGAGAAUUGAAAUGAAUUAAUCCGAGGCAGGGCAAUGCUCAAUUAUUUAAUAAGUAGAUUGUAGAUGUAGUGUUAAGUAUCUAUAUUUAUUAAUUAUUUAGCAUUAUAGCACAUAUAUAAUUGUUCAACUGCCAAUAUUUGUACAGAGUUGUUAAAUAUUAAGUAUUGUUAGUUGUAUAGACAAAUAGUAAUGUAUAAAAUUUGACUAAAUGUUUCAUUUGUUGCUUGGUUGGAAAAGUAGAGUAAUGUGGUGUGACUAUUUAUUUUACAAGUUUUUUACUACCUUGCAAUGUUUGUAUGUUAGAUCUCACAACUUUUUGUUAUGUUUUUUGUGAGAUUGUUUAUAAAACAUUGAUUAAUAAAAUAGUCUACAUAAUUAUAGAGAUGACAUUUUAAUUUUUUUUAUUGUGUUUCACCAUUCACCUGUGCUAGUCCUAACUUAAUUGAGGUCAGCGGCGUAUGUGGUACUUUCCUUUCAUACUCUUUCGGCCAUCAUCUUAGUAUCUACACUCGCACCCCAUUCUGGAUGUUAUUAAAAUAAAAAAUGGUCAAAACAAGUGUUAUAAUAAUAAUAAUAAUUGUUUAUUGCCUCUAAAAAGACAGUUACAUAAGGUUAAAACAAAAGAAUAUUAUAAUUAUUGGAGACAAAAGGAGACAGCUCAGCUUUGUCUGUAACGAGAUACAGAUCUGGUACAGAGCUGUUUUUCAGCCCGCUCCCUCCUCUCUGAGGUGUUGUGCGGGAGUCCAAAGUUGCAUGCUCCCCAUUUACCUGACUUAUACUUAAAAACUAAACUACGUACAAGGUAAUUAAAUGUGAUAAUAAAUUUCAAAUACAAAAAAAAUGACUAAAAAAUUAAAGACAAAAUAAAACAAUAAAAAUAUGCAUAAAAACAACCAUUACAAAAUAAACUAACAUCAG